UUUGGAUGAGUAGACGCUUGAGUUUAUUCCGGCAUGUCAGAAAACGUCCCUCACGUCAGGAACCUCAGGGAAGUGGGGCACGUGUCGGACUCCGGCGCACGUCCUGCUUGGGCCAUAGCGUUGCUGGCCAGCGUGCUGAUCUUCACCACUGUAGUCGACGUGUUGGGGAAUUUGCUGGUCAUCAUUUCUGUUUUCCGGAAUCGUAAACUGAGAAAUGUGGGUAAUAUUUUUGUGGUUAGCCUGGCCUUUGCUGACUUGGUGGUGGCUUUCUACCCAUAUCCACUGGUUUUGUAUGCACUGUUCCAUGAUGGAUGGUCACUGGGGGACACUCAGUGCCAAGUGAGUGGUUUCCUAAUGGGCCUGAGUGUAAUCGGCUCAGUGUUUAACAUUACAGGCAUUGCUAUCAACCGUUAUUGCUACAUUUGCCACAGCUUUGCCUAUGGGCGCCUGUACAGCUUCCGUAACACAUUGCUACUGGUGGCACUCAUCUGGAUGCUGACUCUGCUGGCCAUCCUCCCCAACUUCUUUGUAGGCUCGUUGAGCUAUGACCCCAGGGUCUACUCAUGCACAUUCACACAGACAGUCAGCAGCUCAUACACAGUGGUAGUGGUUGUGGUGCAUUUCCUUAUACCCAUUGCGGUGGUGACCUUUUGCUACCUCCGCAUCUGGGUGCUGGUCAUUCAGGUCCGGCGCAAAGUGAAGAAGACAGAGCAUAGCACGGUGCGACCCAGUGACCUCAGAAACUUUGUCACCAUGUUUGUGGUGUUUGUGCUGUUUGCUAUCUGUUGGGCACCACUGAAUCUUAUUGGCCUGCUGGUGGCCAUCGACCCAGAAGUAAUGGCCCCUCGCAUCCCUGAAUGGCUAUUUGUGGUCAGCUACUUUAUGGCCUACUUCAACAGCUGCCUCAACGCCAUCAUCUAUGGGCUUCUCAACCGGAAUUUUCGUAAGGAGUACAAGCGUAUUGUAACAUCUGUGUGGAUGCCACGGCGAUUUGUAUCAGAGACAUCCAGAGCUGUCACAGAAGGCAUGCGAAGCAAACCCUCACCAGUCAUUAACAUUAUGUGAAAAAGACACAGACAAUCAAUUUUCCCUCUUGCCUCAAAUGGGUAAUGAAGAUUAGUGAAAUGCUUACUUCAAGCCGUAUAUGUCAAUGAUUAUGUCAUUACUUGCCAUUUGUGAAAAUAUCUUUUUACACAGCUCAGGGUGCUUGUCUUCUUUUUGUCACUCUGGAAAGUUUAUCGAUUUUAAAGCAUUCUAUUUCUUUUAGCAUUUUUGCUGCAACUAUAUAUAUUCUACAAAGUUUGCUUUAACAUAAUUUCUGCUGGUGACAUCAAAUAAUUUUAACUCAUGCAUUUAUUAAAGAUGUUUUGGCACACAUUUGUGAAUGUUUCACGUAUGGUUUCAUUUGCAAUUCUCCUAUGUUCAACAUCUGUCCUUGAAUAUAACAUUUGAAAUUGUGGAGAACUUUUUUUAACAAAAAAAUGCUAAAACGUUUGUAGAUUGAUAUGUGUGUAUCACUAAAUCUGUCAAAGGACUAGAAAAGCUGAAUAAAGCACAGCAUUUAAUCUCCUCCUAAUGAUUUAGCUAAGACCAGUAUUGGCCUUUACCAUGUAGGAAGAGGAGGCUCUUCCAAUCUAUUUUUUUGUUCAUCUCUUAUCAUCCAUACAUUAAAAUAAUUGAUCAUUUAUUUUCCAGAAGAAAAUAUGCAUGGCAGUAUCACGUAAUUGCUUUAACAGUUUGUGAAAAAUAAG